ACGUUCUUUCGUUUUUUCACUUCUUCUUGAUUUCUCGUGUGUACAACAGAAUGGAUCCACAGCGUCACACAUCGAUGCAAUCUCUGUAACAGACUCUUCUCUUGCCUGAAAGAGAACCUCGACUCUAUUUUGAGCGUAAGGCUACGAAAUUGUGUAGGCGGCAACGACAUCCUCUCUCCAUCCUCCGUUCAUUCCCCAAGGAUCAAAUUAAUCCUUACGACCCGGCAACCCUUGGUUUUUGCAAAAGCGGAAAAGUUCAUCUUAAUCUAGGUUGAUAGCUAGAUUCUCAAGGAAUUCAUCAAUCGCCCGAGCUAUACCACCGCGUUUUCGCCUCCAGGUUAUAACCAUGCGUCUCCUUCAUACAGAAAGUAUAGAACUUCGAGAAUUUAGCCCUAGAGAGGUACCAGGGUACGCGAUUCUUUCGCACACGUGGGGAGAGGAGGAAGUUACACUUCAGAAUCUCAAGACGAUUGAGGCAACGAAACUUCAAGGCUACAAAAAGGUCUCAAAAGCCUGCUUCAUAGCUGCGAAAGACGGAUUCGACUACAUUUGGAUUAAUACGUGCUGUAUUGAUAAGACGAGCAGUGCAGAACUCUCAGAAGCACUCAACUCUAUGUAUCGUUGGUACCAAGAAGCCGAAGAAUGCUACGCAUACCUAGCAGACGUCCCACACAGCUCCGUUAAUCGAACGACUAGUAUUACAGGCCCCGAGUUCCGGAAAAGCAGAUGGUUUACUAGGGGAUGGACUCUCCAAGAGCUGAUUGCACCAUCAUCGGUAAUAUUUCUCGAUAACGAAUGGCAAGAGAUCGGUACUAAGUUAAAUCUACAACGGGACAUAUCUAAGAUUACUGGAAUCCCUGACAGUUUCUUAUUAGGGGAUGAUUUAAGGCAUGCCAGCAUUACUCAAAGAAUAUCAUGGGCUUCGAAGAGAGAAACAACAAGGAUUAAAGAUCUUGCCUACUAUUUGAUGGGUUUAUUCGGUAUAUAUAUGCCUAUGCUCUAUGGAGAAGGAGAGAGAGCGUUUAUUAGACUUUAAGAGGAGAUUAUGAGGGUCUCUGAUGAUCAUAGUCUCUUCGCUUGGAGGUCAAAAGAGGAUCAUGGAGGAAUUCUCGCAAAUUCACCAGCUGCGUUCACUGACUCCGGCAAUAUUAUCCCAGUCAGUCCUGCCUAUGCCACAAGCAGUCCUUCAACACUGAGUAGCAGAGGAAUUCAUCUAUUACUUCGCUUUAUCAACAAUGGCCAACAAGGGAAAGGACUUGCUAUUCUUCACUAUACAGAGAUAGGGAAAGAGAGAACGCGAUUCGCCCUUCACUUA